CAUAUAUUUAUAUAAACGUACUCUGGAAAACACCCUUUCACCCCAACCCCAAGAAACUACUCUUCUUUCUCUAAAUGGUUAUGGCUGGCCAAGAAGCUGAGGGUCAAGGAAUCAAGCUAUUUGGGAAAACAAUUACGUUGCAUGGAAGACAAGUAGUAAAAGAAGAGCAAAACAAAGAAGAUAAUCAUCAUCAUCAUCCAACGGUUUCCAAGAGGCCAGAUAAGAUCAUACCAUGCCCUAGAUGCAAGAGCAUGGAGACUAAAUUUUGUUACUUCAAUAACUACAACGUUAACCAGCCCAGACAUUUCUGUAAAGGUUGUCAGAGGUAUUGGACGGCAGGUGGGGCACUUAGGAACGUUCCGGUUGGGGCUGGUCGUCGGAAAGUUAAGCCACAGGGUCGUGAUCUUGGUGGGUUCUCGGAAGGGUGUUUGUAUGAUGAUGGGUCUAGUGGGCUGGUACAACAGUUUGAGUUGGAAGGGAUUGUGUUAGGUGAGUGGCAUGUAGCUGCAUCGAAUGGUGGUUUCCGGCAAGUGUUUCCGAUGAAACGGAGGCGGAUAAGUUGCUCAGGUGGUCAACUUUAUUGAUCUUAAAUAGUAGAAUUUCAUAAUUAUUACUUUAGGUUUUCAUUUCAUUUUUGUUUUGCCUGCGAAAGUUUCAACAAUGAUUAAAAUAUUGUAUGGAUUGUAGACUAAUGUAAAUAUACAGCUGGCCUUUGAUUAA